CACUGUUAUACACAAAACCCUAACACUAAAACCCUUUGUCUCUCGAGUCUAUCUGUCCACACGGAAAUGGCCAUGUACGCAAUGCUCCGCCGCGCCUCCUCCUCCUUGUUGCCUCAGCUUGCCCGCCGCGCCACGGCACAGUCAUCUUCUAGAACAUUCCAGAAUGUUCUCUCUGCUCUCCAUAGAGAGGCAGCGAUCACUGUUGUACCCUCUCUACGCUUCGCAAACGCCUUCGCAACGCAGACUAGCGCAGAUAAAAAUCUCGCUCAAGUGCUUCAAUCUGAGAUCGAAUGCGCCCUCGAAGACAUUCAUACUCAGCACCAGAUUGAUAUCCCAGAUGAUUUUCCUUUUGAGAUUGAGGACAAUCCCGGGGAAAGAACCAUACAACUUAAAGGACAAUUUGGGGAUGAAACUAUCAGAGUUCAAGUUGACAUCCCUAAUGUUGCACCUGAAGAAAAUGAGGAUGACGAAAAUGAUGAGAAGAAUGAGAGUGAAUCUAGCAUUCCUUUAGUUGUGAGUGUUUUCAAAGGAAAUGGAGUGUCUCUGGAAUUUGGCGUCACUGCUUUUCCCGAUGAGAUUUCCAUUGAUAGCGUGUCAAUAAAGCAGUCGGAGGAAUCCGAAGACCAGCUGGCAUACGAGGGGCCUGAGUUCCUUGAUUUGGAUGAAAAUCUGCAAAAGGCUUUUCACAAGUAUCUCGAGAUCAGGGGGAUCAAGCCCAGCACAACCAAUUUCUUGCAGGAAUACAUGUUUGCUAAAGACAAGAAGGAAUAUUUAACGUGGUUGAAGAACCUGAAGGACUUCGUUUAUUGAAAGAUCGUAAAAUGUUGACAGAGGCCGUUGUUUUUUGGUAUACAAUCAUAUGUUCUGUCCUGUAUCAUCAUGCUGAGAGUUGCUGAUGUACACUAAUAAAUUUAAAAGACUUGAAUGCUUAAAAGAUUGUUUAGGCGUCCUUUACAAAUUUCACCAUGCCCAUCAUUCAAUAUUCAUUGUGUGAUACUCCCAUGCAUUCUUUUACCUUUCA